CAGUCCAACGCAGCAGAAACAUCAUGACAGGUCGCGCCCAGUCAGCGCCGUUCAGCGGCUUCAGCGGCUUUGGCGGGUUUGGUGGCUUUGGUGACGACGCUCCAGAUGCGAGCUCUGCGCACAACAGUCAUAGUAACAUUGACAGUGGCAGGCAACGGCCGCAACAACAACGAGCCAGCAACCAGCAGCAGCAGCAGCAGCAGCAACCACUGCGCCGACCUGCUCAACAGCAGUCAAUGCACCAGUCAAUGCAGCAACAGCCAAUGCAGCAGCAGCGGGCGGCUGGAGCGGCUGGAGCGGCCGUUCCUGGAGGGUUCCUCGCGGCCUUCCUUCCAGCCGGAGCCAUCACCGAAGCCCAGCAGCAGCAGUCGCCAGACCACCUCCAACAACAGAAUCAGAAGAACCAUCAGCAGCAAUCACACCAAGCGUCCCAACACACGGCAGACACUCAAGACGAAGGGCGCGAGUCGAAAGCGAGCGAAUCGCAGCAGAUUCUCAGCAAUUUGGCCCAAGAAUCAUCUCCAUCGUUGUUAGCAGAGUCAAGAACUACACUACAAGAUCAUCUGGCAGAUGGCAAACAAGGAAUGGCCACGAUGGGUGCAGGUGCGACGUCUGUUGCUGCAGAGCCAUCCUCGGAUCAAGUAACUCUGGUCAAUCUUGACAUUGCUGCGACUCGUAGUAGUAGUAAUAGCAGUAAUGGUAGUCAUCCUACAAGCGCCGAAGCAUCUCCAAGUGUACAUGAACAAUCGAGCUCUGGAAGGAAACCAAUCUCGCCGCUCGGGACGGACAGCGAUAUGAUUGCGCUCCAAGUUGGACUGUCAGACCCUGACUUUCUGCAGCGCAAGAGCGAGCUGGAAAAGGCGUCAGAGCUCAAGCGCAUCCUUCUGCAGCAAGCAGUGCGCGAGCGUGAAACGAAGGCGAGGCAAGAGUCCCAGGUCCUGACAGUGGUCAAGGAGGAACUCAACAAGCUGGACAACCUUCUGGCCAACGAUGUUUCGAUUCUGCGCGAAAAGAUUGAAGGUGCCGAGCGCGAGCUGACCAGUGCAAAACGUCGAUACGCUGCCGCCGAGCAAGAAUUCGUCCAGGCCAAGCUCGGAUUGCAGAAAUCUCUGGAUGCCAAGGAGCUUCUCACUGGUCAUCUUUACGUGAUUAUGCAACAAAACGAAGACCGGAAGGCCAAGAAGCUGAAAGAGCUCAUGGAGAAGCUCGGGAUUACGGAUGCCGAGAUACAGCAGCAGCAGCAGCAGCAGCAAGCCAAGUCCUGCUGUUGGCUUUUGUUAUUCUAUUGACACACACACACACACACACACACA